AUGGCGUACGAAGGGCCUGAUGAGGGCCCCCAGGACCAUGCCCCCAUACUCAGCCAUCUGGUUUCCCUAAUGCGAUUCAGGGUCGGGCUGGCCCAUGACAGCGCCCUCGAGGCGGAGGCGGAAACGCUCGUGGAGACUAUGGCAGCGAGCACGGCACCAGGGUUCAUACAGGAUGGCAUCGCCUCUGGGAAAUUCGGCGUCAUAGCAUCAAUGAAGGCCAGGCGCACCCACUCACGGGAAGACUUCGACGAGGCACUCGGGCUAUACAAGGCAGCCCUCGAGGCCCUCCCGCCACACGAUGAGAGGAGGGAAGAUAUCCUGGCGAACAUGGUCAUUCUUCUCAGGGCACAGAUGGCUUUGGAAAAAGACCAAGACCAUGACCGGACGAUCGAGAAUCUCCAGAACUUGAUUCAUUACUCGGCUCUUCUUCUUGAGGUAUUGCCUGAGGGCAGCACACAAAGAGUGACGGAAACAUUGAACUACUCCACCUGUUUAUGCGCGUCCACCGCAUUGGCUUCCUCCUCCAUGAAGGAACUGGAUAACGCAAUCCAUGACCUAGCGAAGCGUGUACCCACGAUGCCUUCCGCUACAUGCCACAGGGAGGGACUCCAAUUGGUAAUCUGCAACCUCCUGGCAAGACGUUACAAGAUCACAGAGAAUGUGAGGGAUUGUUUGACGCUCCUCGAAUACUAUGAAGUUAUGUUAUGCGAGCGAGACGCCACGGUUGCGAGGAGAACGUGCCAAUCCAUACUUCCCGACUCAGCCGAGUGGGUGUGGCAGCUGAAGGAUCUCCUGGUUGCCAUCGCGAAAGCUCCUGUCGAGAGCGAGCUGAGACGGCAGGCGACUCGCGAGCUGGCCAACAACUUUACCUUGGACUGGGAAACCGAUAAUCCCUUGACAUCGGCGCUGGAAGAUGUUUACAAGAAAUGUUAUCCCCGGCUCCGUCCCAUUGCAGACGCUAUUGAAGAGUCCGAGACGGUCUCUGAGCGAGAUAUUUCGCACCUGUUCGAGGGAAAAGAGAAAGCGACGCAUGGGGAUGGGUCGGUCCGAUGUGAAGCAGGUGGCUCCGGGCACACAGGCUUUGGGGAGCCCUCACCAGCAGUUGACGAAGAGACCAGCAUCACCGUCCUUGACCUCGUCAGAGGCUUGUAUCAUAAUGGGGCAAGACGCACCCCAUGCAACGUCACCGGAUUGCGCCCCCCGUAUGAACUCAUCGUGCGAGAAGAAAGGCUUGAGCAACAGUCCCGCGAAAAGGCCCGGGAGGCAGGCGGGAAACCAAAUCCGCAUCUCUGCCGCAUGUGCAUGGACGUCGCAAAGCCCCUGCGGGUGGCAUCGCCACAAAACGAGUAUGCUUGGGCAACCGUUCGAUCCUCGAUGCCCUUUGGGGACUUCUCCGAACUGUGCUGCAGAACGGACUGCGUAUUUUGUCGUCUUGUACUUUCCGCAGUCACUACCGAGGCCAAAGAGCUGCAUCCGAGCCUUGUGGCCAUCGAAAAGGAAUUCCAGGGGAUACAGCUCACGGCCGUAACUUCGCCUAGCGGCGAUUCGAUGCUGGAGAUCAGGUAUGGCCCAAAAACGGUCGGCACGGUGAGGCUCAUAACUCCCGACAACCACGGCUCGACGAUUAGACAGUUGUGGGAGUUUGGCAGUCGAGGACUGCACGAAGUCGACGUCACAAUGGCUUUCAAGCACGCCAUGUUGCACCCGGAUCAACAGGUGAACCCCUCAUUGAUCAAAGGGUGGCUGCAAGACUGUAGCACGAACCACGGCGCGCGCUGCAAAGACGGCGGCCAGGCGGCUUCUGCAGCCGAGGAGAUGCCUAUGGUUUUCAUUGAUGUUGGCGGCGACUGUCUAGUCAUCUCCACCUCGCGGGAGAGAUAUUUUGCGCUGAGCUACGUUUGGGGGAACGUGGACAUGUGCAAAACGGUCAAGGCCAAUUUCGAGCUCCGCCAGCAGCACCAAUCUCUGUCGGACGUGCCCUUCCCCAAAACCAUCAGAGAUGCCAUGAGACUCGUCGAGUCUGUCGGUGAGCGCUACCUAUGGGUCGAUGCAAUAUGCAUGGUGCAGGAUGACCAAGAGCAGAUGAGCAGAGACAUUCCCAAGAUGAACAUCGUUUACGGGCAGGCGUUUGCGACUAUCGUCACUCUCCACGGUGACAGCGCCGAAGCCGGCCUGCCGGGCGUAUCGCCUGGAACAAGGCGCCCGCAACACAUCGAGCUGAUACGCGCCUCCAAAGGUUCUCCAAACCUGGACUACGAUCCCGACGAGGGAAGUGGCGAGGUCGACACUCUGGGCAUCACGCUUAGCCCUUGGCCCUUGGAUCUGCACCUGGAUGUGGCCAAAUGGAACACCCGGGGCUGGAUCUUCCAGGAACAUCUGCUCUCCCGACGGUGCCUCUUCUUCACGCGCGAUACAGUGUAUUUCCAGUGCGCCCGUCACACGCUGAGCGAAUGUGGCACUGAUGUCUACGAUGGCCCAGACCCCAGCAACAGCACUGCCGAGGCCGGCGAGGAGGAGCCCGCCGCCACCGCCACCACCGCCGCUCCCCGGCGAGGGAAUGUGUUGGAUCACCUCCCCGAAAUUCGGGACGCCCCAUCUGAAAAGCGGCUCGGCCAGAUCUUCAAAAUCUACGCGUCUCUUGUCGAGACCUACACGCGCCGCGAGUUCUCGCUCAAGUCAGACAUCAUCAAUGGCUUUGCGGGCGUCCUCUCGGUCCUCGAGGAGCACCUGGAGAGCGAGUCCCACGCUGGCCUCCCGGCCGCCGUUCUGGCUCACGCCCUCCUGUGGACUCCGGCGGGGUCGAUCCCCCUUCGCGGCAUGACGUUGGCCACAGUCGAAAACUUGAACAUAGGAUGGCCCGACAUGCAGUUCCCGAGCUGGUCGUGGGCAGGGUGGGACGGGCCCGUGGAGUAUCGUCUGUUUGGGGGAGAGGGUGGUGGGGACCUGCCGCUGCCCAUCCUGCUGCUCUCAGACUACAAGGUUUGGUUGGAUCCCUGCGGUGGCACUGCGGACGCGGCCAAGACAGAAUUGCCAAAGGCAGGGAAACAGCCUCCCAACCCAGAAUCCCAGGCCGGCCCUAGCAAGAAAAGCUCCGGAGAGCCCACACCUCAGGGCAGCCCUUUGCCUUGCAGUCCCACCGCUCAGGCAGCGGGAAAGCUCCGCUACGACCGGAACGCACAGUGGCUGAACAUGAAGACCAGGCUUUCGGGCGACCCCUCCAGACAAGAAAUUCGGAUCACUAACACUCUUCCGCCCGGCAUGUUGCCAAUCACCCGGAAUAGCCCCCCCGUGCGCAACAUCCUCGGCUUCACGGCCCCCGUGGUCUCCAUAUCCAACUUCUCCUUAUCGCUUGAGCUAGAGUAUAUUACCCCGCCGCGGCGCACGCACGUCCAGGGCGACCAGGCCGUCCGCCGGAUCCACGACCGCCGCCGGGGCGGCCGCCACUGCGGGCUGUGGUGGGAGCAGCCCGUGUUUGCUUGCUUCGACUUGGAUAAGACCGCGGACGCGAAAAAGGGGGUCUACAUGGCUGGCAUAUCGGCCCAUCCGGACGCCGAACGGCGCCGUAAAGGUCCCUCGCGCGUUAAGGGCGAGAUUGACCUCUUUGACGAGCAGGCCUUCCCCAGCACUGGCCAGGGAAGCGGCCUCGUAAACAUUAUGGUAAUAAUUGGCGGGAUCGACGAGGUCGACUAUGAGAUAGGGAAUCGGGUAACGGUGGCUGUUAUGCACAGGGAGGCGUGGGAAGCGGCAGGGCCGACGGAAAAACUGGUGCUUCUCUGGUGA